AUGCUCCUAUUCGCUCUUAACUUUUUGGCGAACCUUUUGGCAGACUGUGGGCCAGGUAGCGAUUGCGUUCAUGGGGUGUGCGGUACCACUGACGGAUCCUUUGUCUGUCUGUGCAAGCGGGGCUGGACAGGCACUGCAUGCGAUGUGGUUGCACCUAAUUUUAAACUGAUUAGCUCCGGCAGUGAUCCGAAGAUAGAGAAAGCGGUCAACUUCGCGUGUUUAGUCAAUGGUACAGAGUGUGAUACCAAAAGGACAGAAACAUGUCUUUAUCACAAUGGUGCAUAUUCAUGUCAGAAUAAAUGCCCUGAUGGAUUCGUCAUAUACGAUGGAGAAUGUAUCUCUAAGAGAUGCUAUUCGUCCAGUUCUGUAUCGUCAGAUACUCCCCAAUCCAACCCCCCGUGUAAUGGGAAGGGGAAGUGUGUCCUCAAGGACUUGGCGAAACUUGAUCGUGCCGAUGAGGCAGACUACGUGUGCAGCUGUUUUCCAAUUUAUAGAGGAGAUCUCUGUGACACCUGCAACCUAGAGAACUCCGUUGAGUCCGAAGCAGACAAAGGAAAAUGCAAUCCAAGAUCCUGUCAGGAUAGCGACGGGCUUGUCUGCUCUGGCAAGGGAAAGUGCGAGUUGGACUUUGGCUACAACCUCACUCACUAUAGCUACCAGUGCAUAUGCGAUGCUGGAUAUACGCGUGUUGGCCACUCUUGCAUCCCGUCAGCUUGUGUAGUGUACCUAAGCGGUACCCCUGUGACCUGUGGGGGCUUCGGUGAGUGUAAGGAGAACCCCGAGGGUUCAAAUAGCUUCUCCUGUGCCUGCUAUGAGGGCACUGUAAAAGUAGGAAAUGGAUGCACAUACCGCACCUGCACCGAAAGCGAAAGUGCAAGCAAGAUAUGCGGAGGCAUCGGUGUCUGUGUGCGUGAUGACACAGAAUACAAGUGUGACUGCAAAGGGUUUGCUACCGGCAGCUUAUGCGAUAGCUGCGUUUCUGAAAAUGCAACCUCUGUGGGCAAUCAAUGUAUACCAAAUGAGUGCCUCGACGAAGCAGGCACGACGGUUUGUAAGGGCAAUGGAAAGUGCAUCCGAGCAAGUGGAAGGUACUAUUGCCAGUGCCCCAACAUGACUACAUUCUUCAACAAACAGUGCAUCUCGGUUAACUGCAUUGAUCAGGAACUCAACCUCAUAUGCUCUGGUCACGGAACUUGUGACACCACCAGUCCCAAGGAUAUGAAGUGCACUUGUGAAAGUGGCUAUGAAUAUAUUGCGCCGGGUCGCUGCAUUUCAAGCACACUGUUGGGAACGGACAAAAGGGUUUGCAAUGGUAACGGAUACGUGGCUAUUUCUUCUACUAAUACUAUUGGUAGCGCGCCAAAUCUUGUCUGCAUCUGCUCUCCUAUUUACACAGGAGAGAACUGCAGUACGUGCAACACUACAGGGGAAAACGCUCCUGCUGAACAAGUGGACAGUAACUGCGUACCAAAAAGUGUCAUUGUUAAGUCUACUCAGCUGCAUGCAAAGGAAGUAACUACAAAAGUAUGCGAUGAACAGACAGAGUACGUAAUAUAUGGAGAUACUACACGUCCGUACAUGACGUGUAGGGUGAAGAAUACAGACGAAAAGAAAGUCAUUGCCUAUAAUGCAACGCUUCUGGUGGAGCCAGACUGUAUGCACGUUAGUCAGGUUGAUAGAACUAGGAGAUUCUACUGUGGUUUUGCGGAAGGGUUGACAGACGGAAUAACUACCAAUGGGCCUAGCUGCAAUACAAAUACAAAUAUUAUUCCCUCUACUUCAACAUGCGUAUGUCCAACAAACUUUAAGCUCGUGGAGUUCAUAUACGGCAAGAACAAAGGAAAGCAUACCUGCAUACACGAUGAUUGCCAUGAUGGUAACCAAACUUACAACCAAAACAAUUAUUGUGGAGGCGUUGGGGACUGCAUUAAGAAGCCCGGUGCAAGCAAAUAUGCAUGCGAUUGUGGACAGGGUGCACGGUGGGACGAGACCAUUAGGGAAUGCGUGGCUGAGACAUGCAAGAUUGAUAAACUUAUAUAUGGCCCUAGCGAAAGAGAGUAUUGCACAGAGAUUAAUAUCGCGGCGAGCAUCGACAACGUAUGCCUCCCAGAUGAUAGCGGAAGGUGGGGAUGCCACUGCACAGGGCGCUACAUGACAUAUGGGAGCACGUGUACAUCCUACGCAGCAUAUGCCACGGAAAAAGAUGACCGCGCACGAGGCCCAUGUGGCGGUCCUGGUGCGGGUUACAUCAACGACAGGAACAAAUGUGUGUGCUAUCCUGGGUUUGUGUCGAUAGAUGGGAAGUGCUACAGUAAGCAAUGCUUGGCAAUGGGCGUUAUAGGAUCCUACAAUAUAAGCCACGUAUGCUCUGGACUUGGGGUAUGUGCAUACAACCCUGUCACUGGCUUCUAUGGGUGCGAAUGUCCCAAAGACACGGAAUCAUAUGGGGCAUACUGCACCCAUACAGGAUGUGUCGGACAAGUCUUUUCCGAAGGGGAGCUGAGAUACGUACAGUGUGGUGUCCACACCAGAAGCAUACAGUGCAAACAGAAUAGCAAAGAUAAUACAUAUUCUUGUAUCUGCUACACACCGUACAAGAAGAUCGGUAACCUUUGCGUCCACCAACGGUGCAUUAACGGUGACAUAUAUUGCAGUGGAGAUUUGCUUGCUAAUUGUGAGCUCUUGGAGUCAAUAUAUCAGUGUCAGUGCUCCGAAGGGUAUGUGAAAGGUAGAAGCCCGCACGAAUGCAUCCCGAAGAAAUGCACAUAUAGAAGAUAUGAGAGUGACCUGGUGACGGAGUGUGGCGGACUGGGUCGAUGCGAGGGUGAUAAACUUAUCACCAAGAAAUGUAAGUGUAACGAUGGUGCUGAGCUGGUGUCUAUGAUCGACAUAAGCGGUGAAAUGCAUGAAACAUGUGUGUCCAAAAGCUGCAUUUCUAAGCAGGAUGAUACAACGAUAGUUUGUGGCGGUUAUGGACGGUGUGACGGCAACGCUUGCAUCUGUGAUGGAAAUCUUGUCCCGGUUGGAAAUGUUUGCGUAAGCAGUAAGUGCGUUGUUCAACUGGCAAGUGGAAGCACUUCUGUGUGUGGAGGUAGUACUGUGGGGACAUGCACAAAGGGUCAAGGUGAAGACCACUACUCUUGCAAAUGUGCAACACCAGGGAAGACAGGCUUUAAAGAAGUUGAUGGAUACUGUCUCCCCAAUAAAUGUGUGUUCAACGUAAAGCAAAAUGGAAAAGAUGUUGACACGAUGUGCGGCGGGGCAAGUCUUGGAUCUUGCAUUAUCGACCCAACUGGCGAUACUUCAUACUGUAGUUGUCUAAGAUGGUACAAUAUAACAACACUUAGUAGUGGCCAGUGUAUUAGUACCAGGUGUGUUAAUUCUGUUACCUCUGACAAGAAAGAGUGUGGAGGAAAUGGAAGAUGCGCUUACACAGAUGGCACUGGGUAUGAGUGCCAGUGUAAUUCUGGAUACAAAACGGUAACGGUCGGGCGUAACAUUUAUCCGUGCAUCUCUGAAAACUGCCUAGCAGGUGAGUCAAUGUGUAGUGGUCACGGGGAGUGCGUAAACAACGGCUGCAGCUGUAACAAAGGUUAUACUGGUAGCAAGUGUGAGUCCUGUGCAACGGGGUAUAGAGAGACUAACUCCGUCUGCUAUCUGGAUGAGUGCCCACAAAGUGGCUGUGGACUAGCAGAAGCGGGAACCUGUGCGUUUACGGGCUUGCAAUAUCAAUGUAGCUGUAAUACUGGCUUCGUCUUAGAUACCGAGACAAAGGCCUGUCGGCGUCCUCUUUGCACAUAUAUAGAUCCGUUUGACGGACAGGCGAAAAUAUGUUAUAAUAUGGGAACAUGCGCUCAGUCUGGAAGCACAGGAAAAUGCGUAUGUAAUCAGGGAACUGUGGCUCUUAAUGACAACAUAUGCGUCUUUGAAAACUGCAUCACCAAUAAGGAUUCGUCCGAAAUAUGUGAAGGAAAGGGCGUGUGUGAGAGGAGUCCGGAGUCUAAUACAGGCAUUUGCGUGUGUAACACAUCUCUUUAUCGCACAGACAAGAAGAGUGGGCGUUGCUUCCCGGUGGGCUGCUUUUCCUCACAAGAGACUGGCCUGACUAAUGUCUGUAAUGGCGGUGGGACAUGCAGCGUAACAGGGGUGGUUGGAAUUUGCAAUUGUGAUAGCGACUGGGUUACGAUAGAGGGAAUGUGUUACCCGGUUUCUUGCGUAUUUGGAGGAGCCGUAUGCAGCGGGUUUGGAAAGUGCAUCUUCUCUAGCAGCGGAGAGCACAGAUGCCUUUGCGACCAAGGUUACGAGCCUGGUGAAGAUUUAGGAACGUGCAUCACUCGUUCUACAAAGGCAAAGCAAGGAGCGGCCGAGAUAUCGAUAAUUGUGGUGGUUGUGGUUGCUCUAGUGAUUUUGGCAGUAGCCAUAUUCUUGAUCUGGAAGUUCGUCAUCAAACCUCGCUCCAAGUCACGCAAAAGAAGUAACAAUGACCUCAAUCAAAGAUUGAUCACGGUAGAUGGCGAAGAUGCUCCUGUGCUUUCUCCACGAGCUCGAGGACAGACUCUGAUGUAA